UCUUCUCUUGGGCUGGAAAGAAGCCGUUUAGAGCAAAUUCAUGAGACCUUGAGGCCAUAUCUCAUGCAGACUAGUUCUGUGUCAGAGGAGAGGGGAAAAUGACUUUUAGUAGAAAACAGUCAUUUCAUUCCUUAGGGAGGUGCCAGGUCAUUGAGUGCUUUAAAUACAAAAGUCAAUAACUUAAACUGUACUCUGAAAAUGACAGGGAGCCAGUGAAGAUGUGCCAGGACAGGGGUAACAUGGUUACGUCGGUGCGUAUUUGUCAAGAACCUGACAGCAGCAUUCUGGACGACCUUCAGCUGAUUCAGGGCAGAGACUGGAGCACUAACUAGGAGGGCGUUUGCAUAGUCCAGGCGAGAGGUAAUGAAAGCAUGGAUGACUCACUCCAAAUGCCGCCGCUUCAAGAUUUGUCUGAGGCGAGUAAGGAGGCGAAGCUGAUAAAAGCAAGACCUCACUACGGAGCUUAGCCAUUGAGAGUUCAGCAUCCAGCUUUACCCCGAGACUUGUCGCACUGUUUGGGGUUGAGGGUUAAAAGGUCACAAACAGGGUGAGAGCCAUGGUGGUUGUGGGGGUCAGUCUGUUCCAUUUGGCAAAGGAGCCAUUAAAAUACAUCUUGGAAAGGUGGAUGUCCUCUGAAUCUUUUGAAGACUACAACAAUUUUGCACAAAUCUUUAAAUUUAUUGAAGUAGCUUGAUCCUCCACCGGAUAAUUAGUGCAACUUUCACAGACCUUUUUGUUUCCUGAAUUAAUUUAUAAUUAAAUUCAGACACCCAGACACUAUUUUGACUGUUGAGGAAUUACCUAAAUAACAAAAUUGCCCUUAUAGAGUUAAAAAAAAUCCCAAAACGUUCUCAUUAUGGACAAAGAAAAGCCCAGCAUGCAGAAUUAAACUCUUUGUAAAUGAUAAGAUAAGAGCCGUAAUCUUGAAGAAGAAGAAAAAACACCGUCUUAAGCCUUCCUGAGUCUGAUGAGCAUCUCAUUUGAGGCAGAACGAGCAGAGAGCCGAAGGCAAGCAGUCACCAUGAAGAUGAAAGGCUUCUUUAUUCUGCUGGUGGACUUGGUAUUUACAUCAGCAUUCUUCAUUAACAGACCAGAACAAGACAUAGUGGACAUUGGGCAAAACAAGGACAUUUCAGAUGCAUUAUUACUUGAUGAUGUUAUGAAGCCCCCAUUCACUCCAAGGAGCACCAUUUCCUUUGAAGACAAACUGUGGACAUCCCCAGUCCCUUACGAGUUAGACAUGGGUCUUGACAUGAACGCUAAAGGAGUCAUCCUCAAGGCCUUUGAACAGAUCAGGAUAAAGUCUUGCAUCGACUUCAAACCAAGAGACUCUGAGGAUUUUUACCUCUCUUUCAAAAAGUUGGAUGGGUGUUUUUCAUAUGUUGGCAGAGAACAUCUCAACGGACAAAACCUCUCCAUUGGAACAGGCUGUGAUUCCCUCUCCACCGUUGAACAUGAGGUUCUCCAUGCUCUUGGUUUCAACCACGAACAUUGUAGAUCUGACAGAGAUGAUUAUGUGCAGAUUGACGAAGGCAGCAUCUUAGAAGGUCUUGAGUAUAAUUUUGCUGUCAUUGGGAGCGAAAACAGCACCACCCAUGAAACCCCGUAUGACUACUGGUCAGUGAUGCACUAUCCCAAAAAUGCAUUCAGCAAUGGAAGCGCCUCUACGAUUACCACUAUAGACCCAAAAUACCAAGACCUGAUUGGUCAAAGGCUAGAUCUGAGUCCUGGCGAUGCUAUAGAGUUAAAUCUCCUCUACAACUGCAGCUCAACCGUCGCUUUUAUGUUUUACUGUGGAUUUUCUAAUGGGACCAUGUGUGAAAUGAACCAGAGUGGAAGUGGCUGGGAAGUGGUUACACAAGUUAGUGGUGGCCCAACUACUGACCAUACCAGUCUACCCAGUGGAAAUGGAGAACACGGUCAGGAAGAAGGAUAUUUCAUCCAUGUUAACACAUCAGGUCAAGAGGAAGAUCCAGGAGUGCUUAUGACCCAGAUAAUGAGACCUAAGAGGGAAUGUAAAGUCCAGUGUCUGCAGUUCUACUACUAUUACACUGGGAAUGAGUCUGAUUCUCUCAACAUCGGGAUCAGAGAGUUCGAAGAUGAACAAAACACCACGGGAACCUUCCGCCUUAUGGGACACAUCACUGGUCGACCAACAUCUUACUGGAAGGUCCACCAUGUCUCUCUGAAUGCCACCAAGAACUUUCAGGUCGUGUUUGAGAUUAAGAAAGCAGAGAACUCCUCGGGCGGAUUCUCAAUCGAUGACAUCAAUCUCUCUGAGACAGAAUGUCCACAUGUGAUCAUGCAGAUUGAUGAGUUUGAAAAUGUUUUAAACACCAGUAAGUCCGGAGAAAGACUUUACAGUCCACGGCUGUACUCCAAAGACGGCUAUGCUUACCGGUUAGCUGUGGUACUUAACAAAACAUACGUUGGAAUGUUUGUUCAACUCGUAUCUGGUGUGAAUGACGACCAGCUGGAGUGGCCCUGUGUGCACAGGCAAAUGACUUUCCAAUUGCUGGAUCAAACCCCCAACAUGCAACAGCAAAUGUCACAGAGAUGGACUUUCACCACUGAGAAAGAUGACGAGGAUGCAAAUGACACUCUCAUCUGGAACCAUCCUAACGAGACUGGGACAACAUUUUUAUACAAUAACACUGAGUUGGUCCGUACUGGAUUCCUCUGGGGGUUCCUACGGUUUGCAGCUUUGGAAGAGAUGCAAUACAGAGACUUUCUCAGAGGAGGGAGCGCUGUUUUCAUGUUCAGCUUUGACGAUCUCACGCCUCUUGUUAAUGGAAGCAUCUUACCAUGUCCUGAAGUGAGAACAGUGACAAGUUUACAUCUUUCAUUUCUUCCUACAAUUUAUUCAAAGGACCUUAACUCAACAGGAAGCUUCUCCACCGUUAGUCCACCUCCUACAACCGACAACUGCAGAAACUCCUCCUGCAUCAGUCCGCCUCCUCCAACAGAAAACAGCAACUUCUCCACUAUCAGCACAUCUCCUACAACCACAGAUGACAGAAACUCCCCCAGCAUUACUCCCCAUCCUGCAACAAACAUCAGGAACACAUCCGGUACUGCUCCACCUGCUGCAACAACAGAUAACAGGAAGAACUCAUCCAUCAUUAGUCCACCUCCUGCAUCAAAUGACAGAAGCUUCUCCACCGUUAGUCCACCUCCUACAACCGACAACUGCAGAAACUCCUCCUGCAUCAGUCCGCCUCCUCCAACAGAAAACAGCAACUUCUCCACUAUCAGCCCAUCUCCUACAACCACAGAUGACAGAAACUCCCCCAGCAUUACUCCACAUCCUGCAACAAACAUCAGGAACUCAUCCGGUACUGCUCCACCUGCUGCAACAACAGAUAACAGGAAGAACUCAUCCAUCAUUAGUCCAACUCCUACAUCAAAUGACAGAAUUUUCAGCUUUUCUCCUGGUGUGUCGGCCUCACCUGUCCUUGUCCUGCUGGGAUUGAUGCUGUUGGUUCCUUGAAGGACACCUUCCAUCCACAUCAACUGUAUUUAUUUUUUCAAUCAGCACCAGAAAGUCUCAGUAUUUAUCUAAUGCAAUGAAUUUAUUAUUGAUAGGAAAUGUUACAGUUAUAUUUUGUUCUGGAACAUUUUUAUUUAUUUAAAAAUCUUUUCUCAGCUUAAUCAUUAAAAGUGGCUUUGAUUAAAUGAUAUUGUAGCACAAUGUUGUUCAUAGCUCGCCUCACACGGCAGGAUAAUUUUGACAUGCCCCGCCCCCUCUGACAGUCUUAAUGAUGCAGACGAUUACUGUCAAGACUCUAAAGAUAAUCUUUUCAGAUAAUCCUACCUUGUGUGUGUCACGAGUAGGGCAGGAGGAUGUUUAGGACCCAAGAUGCAGGAAACCAGAUGAACGAGGCAGGAGGUAGAUGAUGAAAAUAAAUCCUUUAUUUAGGAGUAAUCCAAAGGCAUGGAGCCAAAAACCAAAACUCCAAAUGACUAAACCAGAGAUCCAAAAACACUAGAAGCUAGAGAGCCAAAAUGAGAACGAGACUGACAAAAAACAAUGAACCGACAAAUUACUGAGACACAGACAGGGUUAUAUACACUGGGGAGGAUGAGAGGGAGAUGGGCUGCUGGUGUGUGGGGAGAGAGAGACCAGGUGAACCUAAUAACCAAUCAGGGAGGAAACUAACAUGAACUAAGAGUAAAACCUAAAGACAAAAAGAGCAGGAAACAUAACUAAUAUUCUAAGAGGGAGCUGAAACUAAAGGAAAAACACUACAGAAAGAAAACUACAUGGGCUUGACUAAAGGGGCAACAGGAGCACAGGACCUGGGAGGGGGAUACCUGGGGAGAGAAACCUUGAGGGCUGAAGAUCUGGGGAAAAAUGGAGAACACCAGGAUACACAUGAGGAAGACGCAGACGAGGACACGUGAGGGCGCUAGGAGACACAAAAGGGGAACCUAGAGAGGGAUGGAGAACACAAGGAGACACGUGAGGGGAGACGCAGACCAUGACAGUGUGUUGUGAAUGCUCUGGUACAAUUAGAAGUACGUCAGGACCACUUUGAUUUUAAAUUAGGGCUUUCAACUGUCCCUCUUAGUCUGAUAUUUGGGGACAAAUUAACGUGCUGCCUGUUGAAAGUGACAUUUAGCUAAUCAGAAAGCAAGGUGACAGAAGCAUGCUGCAUGCUCCUCCUCCUCCGUGUUUGUUUGCUUCCAAGUCACGUUUUAUCUCUCGAGAUUACCCAUCUGAACGGUGAAUGAAAGUGAAAAAAACUGACAUAUCCUUGAUUUUUUUUAAUCGACUACUAUUUAAAAUCCCUGCCGUGUGAAUCAGGCUAUAUCAGCUUUUCAUAGUCUUUCAGUUUCUUGUAAAUCUUUUUUCUUUGUGAUCUUUCCUGAUAUAUUUAACCAUGGACAUUGGUUAUGUUAUAAUUAAAGAAAAUUAAUAAAACCAAA